AUGGAGUUAACGGAAGUUACGCUAUACCCAAGCACCACUCCUAGUGACGUAGUGUACGAAUAUCCUCCUCUGAACAUGCCAUAUACGUUACGGUGUGACCAUCCGAACAGUAACAUAAAACCGGAAGUACAAUGGAUCAAGACCACAAAAACCGGAAACACGCCACGACGGAUACAAUAUAAUGAACGGAUCACAUACGACACAACUGGCAGUUUACAUUUUGUGUACAUCGUUACAUCAGACAGAGGAGGGUACAUGUGCAACAUUUCCUACCCUGUCCUACAGUAUUAUAUGCUUGGACCGACCGUCAUUCUUGAACCAGAAGAUACUGGAUUCCAGCUGUCGACUGAAUAUCCUAUGUGGAAUUCCGAGGAGUUCCCCACCGCACUGCGAGGUCAAAACCUAACGCUUAGAUGUGUUUCUGGUGGAAACCCGAUUCCACAAAUUAGAUGGCAGAAGAUUGAGGAAGAUGGUACCGUUUUACCAGCGUUAAAUCAGAAUAUUCAGGACCACGGUCGAAGUCUGACAUUUCAGAACCUUAAAUUUACAGAUCGUGGGGAAUAUGAAUGUACCACGGAAACACAAACUAUCCGGUUUGAUGUGACAGUAGAGAGUACACCAUUUUGGAUAGAAAAACCUAAACCAAUCAUCACUUCAGCAGGUACUGCAAAUCCUCUCCCGUUUUUCUGUAGAGCGUACGGGGAACCUGUACCUGAUAUCUCGUGGUAUAUCAACACUGUGUCAGCGGCUGAUCAAAAUAAUAACUUGGCGAUUUAUCAUGUCAACUCUACGCAAACCAUCGACAUGGCUUAUAGUGUACUAUACGUUACUACAAACGUCUCAUUCUCCCUCAAAUGUGUGUGUCACAAUAACCACGGAAGUAUUUCCUCCUACAGCUACCUAUACAUAACAGAACGGGUUACUCAUCCACCAACAAUUAUACCAACCAUUAAAACAACUCAUAUACCGUCCUCAAAGACAACUCCAGCAUCAACCACGGCAUCAACCACGGCUUCAACCACGGCAUCAACAACGGCAUCAACUACGACAUCAACCCCAUCUCCAACUACACGACCAACUCCGGCACCAACCUCUAAGCAACCUGCAGUGCCAACUCAAGCACCGAGUGAAGUGUCUGACAGCUCAAACACCGCCGUGAUAGGUGGGGCGGCGGGAGCUGGUGUUGGUGUCGUCAUCAUUAUAAUCGCUGUGGUCUACUGUAUCUGGUCUAAACGAAGGCAAAGCAUGGACCCAGUACAGAAGUAUGAUGCUAGAAUGGGCUAUGGUAACAGAGGAUACAGCGACGUAGAAAUGGACCGUGUGCAAAAACGCGAUCAUAGGAGGGUGCAUAAAAGCGAAAUCCUACAAAAGCCACACAAGGAAGGAAAGGGAGAGACCUAUACUGGUUUAACUAAUGAGAGGGAGAACAAAAAGGGAAAUGUGUAUGAGCAACUUGGUGGUACCAAUAAUCCAGCCAAUGUAGAAAACAAGCCAGAGGAGGCAGAAUACUGCUAUAUUAGUGAUGCAGACAUUUUGAAGCCUCAGAGACAGUCCCACAUUCCUACCUCUGAAUCAGCAGCCCCGACAGGCGUUUUCAAUAAAGAGGUGCCAAAUUCUACCAAAACAAAGACACCGGGUGUUAAAGAAGACCCACGAACAUCCAUGACGAGACCGAACUCUAAACCCCUACCCGAGGUGCCUCCGACUCAGAAUCCGCCAUACGGUAAAAUUGGUCGUUUCUCCAGUGGCAAGUACUCUGCAGUUGGUAACCCGGCGUAUAGCAGUCGGGUCCCUCAACUCACACAACCAAAACAAUUUUCCGCCCUUCCAACGUACAUGGAACCUAUCACAACAAAACUGUCCGGUCCAACUACCAACCAGGAACCUGUACCAAUAACGCCUGACGAUGGUUAUUUUAAACUGGAACUCAGGCACGUGAAGAUGUGAGGUACAAUGAACAUGUUUCACAUACAGUGAUUACGACAAUAUAAUUACUUAACCUUAUAUAAGAUAUAUAAUUGUUUUCAAAAUUACUGGUUAUGGUAAACGGUUGGAUAAUAACCGUGUGUGCGAUGUCGCAAGUUUUAUUGGACAGAUCGGUAGCUGAUGCUAUCAAUUUAAUGUGUUUGUAUAUGUAUC